GUUUGUUCCAUAUUUAAGAUGGCUGCGCCCGGCGAAAAAAGUAGCGGAGGCAGGCGAAAGGGGAAGAAAUCGAAGUCUGUAAGCAUGAAGGAUUUGUUCAGCAAUGUGCAAGCAGACUAUCCAGUUCCUCGUAGGACCAAAGGAACAGCCAUCCUGGAGCAUGGCUCAUGGAAGCCUGUCAAGGUUGACCAGUCACUUUUCUCAUCGGAGGACUUCUCUGGGUUUGUGGGCCUGGAAGAACUGACAGAAUAUGAGCUCUGCAGCGAGGGAAAACAAAAACAGCAAAAAAGUACAAAGAAACAAAAGAAGAAAACUCAAAAGCAGGCCAAAGACCAUGAUGAUGCAAACAUAGAGGAAGAUGAAACCAUAUUCAAAAUGGAGACAAAAGUUCAGGGUACAGAAGAAGAGAGUACCAAAUCCAAGACGCAAAAUACAAUGAAGAAACUGAAAAGGAAAGCUCAAGGAGAAGAGGAGGGACAAGUGAUGAAGAUAAACAGGAACCAAUUGAAGGAUGGGCCAAAUGACGAUAAUGACAUCAAUGAAGAGGUCACCGAACCUUUAAAGAAGAAGCAAAGGGCUGAAGUCUCUGAGCUGUCUUCACAGGAGAAGGAUGAAAGUAAAAGUGAGAGUGUUGAUCAAACUGGAACGGAUGCUGAUGCUGCCUCAGAAGGUGUGACAAAGAAAUCAGGAAAGUCACGGAAGGAAAGGAGAAAUGAAAGAAGGAAACAGAGACUGGUGAUGCUCAAAAGAAAGAGAGAGGAACAGAGGGAAAGGAAGAAGCAAGAAAGGAAGACAGCACCACUUGCAAAAGAAAACAGUUGUAAGCUUCAGUCAGUAGCCAAGAAAAGCAUAACUGCAGACAUGUCCUCCUGGACCCCACUGUAUGUCCCUGAUGUGGUGUUGAGAGGCUUGGCAGAUCAGGGCUUCACACAGCCGACACCCAUCCAGGUCCAGACCAUCCCACAGGCCAUACAGGCUCACAAGGACGUGGUGGGAGCUGCAGAAACAGGAAGUGGCAAAACCCUGGCUUUUGGGAUCCCCAUCUUACACAGGAUCCUGGAAUGGAAGGAGAGAAACUGUCAAGCAGAGGAUGGGCAAGUACCAGAGAACACAUCUGAUGAUGAUGAUGACCAGGAGAUGGAGGGAGUUGAGGAAGAAGAUCACAAUGUUGAGGAGGAAGAGGAAGAAGAGCUAGUCUUAGAUAGUGCAGGUUUGGGGUGUGUCCACGUGGAAGAUGACAUCACACUGCCACCAGAGUUAGAGGCCCUGCAACAGACUCCCCCCCAGUCAGUCCCCACCCCCCUGAAGGUCGUCUCCCCCCUGUUGGCCCUAGUACUCACCCCCACCAGGGAACUGGCCGUGCAGGUGGCCAAUCACAUCAAGGCUGCCGCCAAGUACACCAACGUCAAGGUGGCUGUACUAGUUGGAGGCAUGGCACCGCAGAAGCAGAAGAGAGUGUUGGACAGACAGCCUGAGAUCAUUGUAGCAACCCCAGGUAGACUUUGGGAGAUGGUGGAACAGGGCCAUCCUCACCUGAGUGACGUGAACCAGCUCCAGUGUCUGGUGAUUGAUGAGGCAGACAGGAUGGUGGAGAAGGGGCACUUUGCUGAGCUGGGAAACCUGCUGGACAAGAUUAAUGGGGAAGGUCGGAACCGCAGAAGGCAGACUUUCGUGUUCUCUGCCACACUGACCAUGGUGCAUUCUGGGCCACAGAGGAAGAUAAUGAAGAGAAAAUUCAAGAUGGACAAAGACAAGAAGCUUGGUCAGCUGAUGGACAGAGUAGGCAUCAGAAGUAAACCUUUAGUGGUGGAUCUGAGCAGGCAGCAGGGGACUGUGGACACACUGACUGAAGCCAGGAUAACCUGUGCUACAGAGGAGAAGGACAUCUAUCUGUACUACUUCCUGCUGCAGUACCCUGGUAGGACGCUAGUCUUUGCCAACAGCAUUGACUGUAUCCGCAGGUUGACGUCUCUCCUGGGCCUACUGCAGAAGAGCCCCCUACCUCUCCAUGCUAACAUGCACCAGAAACAGAGGCUGAAAAAUCUGGAGAGGUUCUCGGCCAAUGAGAAUGGUCUGCUUCUGGCGACAGACGUGGCAGCUCGAGGGUUGGACAUCCCUGACGUGCAGCACGUCAUUCACUACCAGGUUCCCCGCACCUCAGAGACUUAUGUACACCGCAGCGGGCGCACUGCUCGUGCCCAGAAAGAAGGGCUGACGCUGCUCCUGACUGGUCCAGAGGAUGCCCAGUACUACAGGAGGAUCUGUAAGACUCUGGGCAAAGAUGAGGACUUGCCUGUGUUCCCCACAGAGCCCCUGUACCUGGCCGCCGUGAAGGCCAGGGUUGCCGCCGCUCGCAGGAUCGACGUGGGAGAACAUCGCUACAUGAAGAAGAAACAUCACAAUGAUUGGUUCUUACAGCAGGCCAAGGAGAUGGACAUAGAACUGGAUGAAGAUGAGGUACUACAUGACCUUGGAGACACACAGGAGCAGGAUAAGGUCCUUAGUGAGCUCAAGGACAUGAAAAAGAGCCUGAGUAAGAUGCUGAAGGCCCCAAUCUUCCCUAAAGGCUUCUCAGGGCUGUACCCCAUCCAGUAUGGUCAGCCCAACCUGCCCAGGCUUCCCAAUGCUGUAGCAGCCACUCUUGCAGUGAACAACAGCCGCAAGAAGAAACCAAAGAUUUAAGACAGUGUGACCUGAACUUUGUUCUUCCAGCUGAACAUUUUGUUACCCACCCUUAAUGAAACUUUAUCAUAGUAUGGUCAGACAGCUUGGAGAUCACACAACAGAUGUUGGGCUUAUUAAAUCUCAUCAGAAACAUUUUGUAUCCAACAAUUCUAUGUUCGGUAACAGAAUACCAAACAGCUUGAUUUAAAAUAAACUGUUGUAGCUAUUCCUUUCUUCAAGAAUUUGUGUAUUCAUGGUAAAAUUCUUACUGAUACAAUAUGUACAAUGUAUUUGUUUUCAUCGACUGCUAGGACAUUUUAUUGAUGCUGAAAAAUCCCCCCUAAAUUAAAACUAGUACCACAAUAGAUACCAAGACUGCUUCAUAAAAAAAAAGAGUCAGAUUUGAGUGGAUCACAGAAUUUAUUGACUACAUUCUGACAUAAGUGCAAACCCAAUAUUUUAAGUACAAGAUUCUCUUUAUUUGAUAAUAACCCAGCUGACAGUCAUCUGACUGAGUAGACUUUCAAAUUUACAAUGGUUUGCAAUCAGCAUUCAAACUGAUAAUGCUGCACACUUAUGAUAUGAUACAUCAGUUGACUGUUAGCUUGGUUAUUCUUCCACACUACAUUACAGUAUACACUAUGGCCGUCACAUAUUUGUCAGACAUAAAAUCUGUACACUGUGGAGAAACUGAUUAUCAGAUCCGUCACGAGCAUACAUAACUUUACACAAUAAUAAUAUAGGUCUAACAUAUUCAUAACAAUCAAGACUCCAUCAUAAUAUUGUGUGGUUUCAUAUAAGGACGUACAAAAGGUUUUGUUAGUGAUUUUCACCAGUUUCUAUGUAUAGAACUUAAACCAUUGAUUAGAGAAGUGUGAUAUCUGCUGGACUAUUAUUUAAAAGAACGUUAACACUUAAAAGAACAUUUAACCUCCUCCCUGCUGCCUAACCCAGUAAACAAUGGUUACCUAAGCAGUGAGAAGGCAGACUGUUAGACUUAGAGACUAUAUGUAGGUCUGCCAUCUAUAGAUGGGCCUGAAAGUUGCAAGCCCAGAAGAUAUGCUUCAUAAAAUUUAAUAUUCAACUUUGUGAAGCUUCCAAAAAUCAACCCUGCAUGCUCUAUACAGAUUUCAUGUCCACUUACUUGUGUUUACCUGUGUCCACCCUACCUACUAGUAUAUGUACCUACAGAACACUACAGAUAUAAGAAAAGCGAAUUGCCACUGUAGCACCUGGUGCAGUCCUGUUCUGAGUUGUGUGAAAAAUUCCAUUUUCCACACUGAUUAUCUAAUAGAUAACUUCACCUGAGUUGACUCACUCACACAAAUGUUUCAUACCAAUCAUAGGUUCACUCCAAGAAUUCACUCAUACAGUUUCUCAAACGGGCAUCCAAACGUCAAAAUUUUCACAUCUUUGUACAAAAAUAGUUACUUUUGGAAAUUUCAGAAUUCUUUUCUUUACCCUCAGAACAAGUCUGCAUGUGUAUUGUACAUAUUUUACAGUCAAGCAAUGCAAUAUCCCACUAACACAAUUACUGUUACUUUCCUAUCAUUUACAGCUAACUGGCCAAAAUUUGACCGUAACAGCUUUAGUGGGAUCAAACAAUUGUCUCAAGUCAUGUUUACUUACAGAUCAGGUAAAUAUCAAAAGUUUUCAGACUGUAUGACAGUAAUAGAAGAGUCAAUUGUUGAGAGGGGUGCUACACACUGAAUACAAGCACAGAAAGAAAGCACUGCCACCUAUUCAAACAUACCAGGGACACCUGAUGGUUUUAAACAAACAAAUCUGCAUGUUUCUAUG